UGUCUCUCAAUCCAAUACGCGCACAAAACCAGCAAAGUCGAGCAAAGAGAUUUCGAAACUCGAGCGUCGAGCCUUCUCGUCCUUUCUUCUCUGUCCAAUCUGAAAUUAGGGUUUGGACCUGCGCGCAAACCCUAGAAAACCACCCCAGCUCACCUCCUUCACCUCCGAUGAGAUAGCUUGCUCAAUCAAUCAUACGGUACGCGAAUUGCCUUUUCACUUGGAUUUCAGCUCAAUCAAUCUCCAUUAGGGUUUAGUCUUCGCGGAGGAACCAGACCAUGGCGGAGCACUUGGCAUCGAUCUUCGGCACCGAGAAGGACCGCGUGAACUGCCCCUUCUACUUCAAGAUCGGCGCCUGCCGCCACGGCGACCGCUGCUCCCGCCUCCACAACCGACCGACCAUCUCGCCGACGCUCCUCCUCUCCAACAUGUACCAGCGGCCCGACAUGAUCACCCCCGGGGUCGACGCGCAGGGCCAGCCAAUCGACCCCAGGAAGAUCCAGGAGCACUUCGAGGACUUCUACGAGGACAUCUUCGAGGAGCUGAGCAAGUUCGGCGAGAUCGAGUCCCUCAACGUCUGCGACAACCUCGCCGACCACAUGAUCGGCAACGUCUACGUCCAGUUCAAGGAGGAGGAUCAAGCUGCCGCGGCGCUGCAGGCCUUGCAAGGGAGGUUCUAUUCUGGUCGCCCGAUUAUUGCCGAUUUCUCGCCCGUGACUGAUUUCCGCGAGGCCACGUGCAGGCAAUUCGAGGAGAAUAACUGCAACCGGGGUGGUUAUUGCAAUUUCAUGCACGUCAAGAUGAUCGGAAGGGAAUUGAGGAGGAGGCUGUUUGGGAGGUACUCAUAUCGUGGUUAUCGAGGGGCAAGGAGCAGGAGCAGGAGUAUGAGCCCUACUAGGCAUAGGAGGGAUCAGGAACGGCGUGAGAGGGACUAUAAGGACCGUGAUUACCGCGGCAAUGGUAGGCGCGGAAGCAGGGAGCAGUAUGAUAAGCACGAGAGAGAUGGAGGAGGUAGGAGGCAUCAUGGGAGCCUGAGGAGGAGCCGUAGUCCGAUUAGGGAAGGGAGCGAGGAGCGUAGAGCCCGGAUUGAGCAGUGGAAUAGAGAGAGGGAAGAGAAGCAGUGAUUUGAAAGUGAAGCUGGAGUUUUCAUUUCGGUUCUUGAACUUGAUGCAAUUUUUAGGUGUCACCGGGAUCUCAAAGUUGGUGCUUCAUGGACAGAGUAUUUUAUUUCUUUCCUCGCUUUAACUUGACUUUUCUCUGUUUUUUUCUUUCUCUAAUAUCGUUUCACCCAUCUUUUAGGGCCAUUUUUGGUAGCUUUCAGAGUUGGUUAGGUCGACACGAGUGGGUUCAAAAAGGAGAGUCGUCCCUGGUAUCUGCUGUAUAUUAUGAUCCUAUAUCCUCCCGAUCUUGAAACUCUGAUUUUGCAGGGCACAGAUUGACCUAGUGUUCUUUCUUAAUACAACCUAUCCAUGUU